UGUCCUUUAUCAGUACCUCCUCUCUCGCUUACUCGAACCCAUUCAUCCUUCCAGUUCUGUUUCCGAGUCAUAGUAACCUUGGAUCCAAGAACAUCCCUAGGCUGUAGUUCGCGCACACAAAUUCAGAACUCAUCAUGCAGGCGACGACAAUCAGCGAAGUCCAUACGGUUUCGCACCAUCCGACAGUUGACCCUCAUCACGAUCUUAAACUUGAAGAGAGUGGCAAGCACGAUGAACGAAUCGAAAUGCGAGCGGGGUCGUCUGCAGGUGAUUCAGGAGCAGCAUCUGUCUCUGACCUGAAAGCCCAAACGAAACGUCAGCGGCUGCGCGCACGGGUGCAAUUUGCCACAGUUUGCGGGGCGAUGUACGUGGCUGGAUGGAAUGAUGGGUCGACUGGUCCAUUGCUCCCCCGAAUACAGGAAGUGUAUGGCUUGAAUUUCACUGUCGUAUCUCUGGUAUUCGUGUUCGCAUGUGUUGGCUUCCUGUCCGGAGCAUUCGCAAAUCUAUAUCUGAACGGCAAGUUUGGUUUCGGAAAGGUAAGGUCUGUGUGUCAAGUGAUAGCAUACGCCAUAGAAGCGGGUGCCUUGCCAUUUCCUGCAUUCGUGCUAGGUUAUGCCAUCAACGGCUUUGGAAUGGCUCUACAGGUAAGUUAUUCAAGUUUUGGCGCUUUGUCGUCCCCUCUGGUAGCAACCCAAUUUGCUCAGCUUCCGCACUGGUCAUUUCACUACCUGUGCAGCCUUGGUAUAUCGUUCAUAAACACUGUACUAUUGAUUGUAGUCUUUGGGUUGAAAACACAGGAUGAGUGCCUUGCUAAGAUUGGACAGCCGCCAGGCGAAAAGGGAACAAGUGAAAAGAGCCAGUUCAACCAGAUAUUGCGCCUCAGAGAAGUGCACCUCCUCGCCUUCUUCAUUUUGAUAUAUGUAGGAGUGGAGGUCACUAUGGGUGGCUGGAUGGUGACGUACGUAAUCGACGUGCGCGGAGGAGGUCCAAGUUCGGGAUACAUAUCAACAGGCUUUUUUGGAGGUCUCAUGAUUGGCCGUGUCGGUCUUCUGUGGGUGAACAAAAAGGUUGGGGAACGUCGUGUUUUGUUCAUUUACUCCAUCCUCGCAAUUGGGCUGGAAUUAGUAGUAUGGCUGCCGUUGCGGGUCUCCAUAAUUGGUAUAUUUUUGGGGCCGAUGUACCCCAUCGCUAUGAAUCACACAGUACGAAUCCUCCCUGAGUGGCUCGUUACAGGGUCGAUUGGCUGGAUAGCAGGGUUCGGGCAGGCAGGUUCUGCGCUCUUGCCAUUCUUAACCGGUGCCAUUUCAUCGAAGGCGGGAAUCAAGAGUUUACAGCCAUUUCUCGUUUCGAUGAUGGCGUUCAUGACGGUCUUAUGGUAUCUGGUGCCGAGAACAGCUAGGAAAACUGAAUGAUAUAUGCUUCAACAGCUGUGUCUUGUGGAAGGUCUGACAUGUGGCAUAGACAUAGACAGGAUAUGACAAAAUCGAUCUCUCCGAGUUAUCUGCAGGCGAUGAGCUAGUAGCAGACGAACUUGAUAGAACUGCCGCGCAAACUAUACAAUAUGGCCGCAGGAGGGUGAUAACACCUUGUACUGUCUUGUUUGUGUACCGCACGCCACACGCCUACGACGUCGAUUCCGCUGUUGGGCCCGGGGACUGGAUUGUGAUUCCAGCACGAGUGCUACUCCGAGUCAUCCUCAAAGAGACGGUAACACAC